ACCAGUCUUAUAAACUAACGCUACAUAUUAAAUUCUGCAAAAAGUAUCUAGACAGAAAUACUUUUGCAACCUUAACACAUUUAGAUUUGAUGCAACUCAUGUAGGAAAUUGGGUAAUUGCUUUGACAGCCAAGAUGAGUGACCUGAAGGAUUGCCCCCCUCUCAAAUAUUACGACUUCAAGCCUGUGGAGCAUACCAAAGUGUGUCCUCGAUACUCGGCGGUUCUCGGGCGCUCAGAGGAUGAUGGCAUCGGCAUAGAGGAAUUGGAUACACUCCAGCUGGAGUUGGAAACCCUCCUCUCCUCUGCAAGUCGGCGUCUUCGGGCACUAGAAGAACAGAGACAGAUUCUGACAGACUGGCAGGAUAAGAAGGGAGACAAGAGGUUCUUGAAGGUGAAGGAUGCUGACCUCGUCACCUCACGACAUUCAAAGCCUAAGAAGCAGAAACUUGAUGGGAAGGGAAGCCACGCACCAGGGCCAGGUCCUGGUCGACCAAAGACAAAAAACUUGCAGCCCAAGGUGCAAGAGUUUGACUUUUCUGAAGACCCCCAGGAGAUUCCACGCAAUCCUAAAAACGAUGCUCCCAACAGAUUCUGGGCUUCAGUGGAGCCAUACUGUGCUGAUAUUACAAAUGAAGAAAUCCGUGUUCUGGAAGAACUGCUCAAGCCCCCAGAAGAUGAGGCAGAAUAUUAUAAGGUGCCUGCCCUUGGGAAGCACUACUCUCAGCGCUGGGCCCAGGAAGACCUGCUGGAGGAGCAGAGGGAAGGAGCCAGGGCCAGCGACAAGAAGAAGAGCAUGAUGGGGCCACUGUCUGAAUUGGACGCCAAAGAUGUAGACGCUCUCCUGAAGAAGUCAGAGUCGCAUGACCCACCUGACGAUGGAUGUCCAUUUGGUCCUCUCACGCAACGUCUACUCCAGGCACUGGUUGAGGAGAACAUCAUAUCUCCAAUGGAGGAUUCCCCAAUCCCAGACAUUCCAGGCAAGGACGACGGUGCAGGGACUUCGCCACGCAGUCAAGGGAAGGCCUUUAGUGUCCCCCACACACGCUCCCUUGAGGCGCGCAUCAAGGAGGAGCUGAUCUCCCAGGGGCUGCUGGACUCCGACGAGCGGCAGGGGGCCGGGGGCGAUGCGGAGGAUGAGGUGCUCGCCGAGCUGCAUAAGAGACAAGCAGAGCUCAAGGCCCUCAGCGCCCAUAACCGCUCCCGCAAACAGGAACUCCUCAGAUUGGCUCGUGAGGAGAUGCGCAAGCAGGAGCUGAGGCAGCGGGUGCGAGUGGCUGACAAUGAGGUCAUGGAGGGAUUCCGCCGCAUCAUGGCCGCCAGGCAGAAGAAACGCACCCCCACCAAGAAGGAGAAGGACCAGGCCUGGAAGGCACUGAAGGAGAGGGAGAGCAUACUCAAACUACUGGAUGGCUAAAGAAACAUACACACACACACACACACACACACACACACACAUACACACACCCGCGCGCACACACACACAGCACACCUGAAUCUUGACAUAAACAGUGUACUAACGAGUCCUGAGUUCAGACUACUGGAUGGCCACACAUACACACACACACACACACACACACACACACACACACACACACACACACACACACACACACACACACACACACACACACACACACACACACACAGCACACCUGAAUCUUGACAUUAACAGUGUACUAACAAGUCCUGAGUUCCAACUGCUGGAUGGCUAGACACACACACACACACACACACACACACACAGAGACACAGACACAGACACACACACACACCAUUCUUGACAUUAGCAGUGUAGUAAUGACUCCCGAGCUCCACUCCUGAAGCUACACGACUACUGUGACUGCAUAUCAUGCCUCUCCACCACCUGUGGGUGCCAAUCAUCGUUACCACAUUUUGCCUUUUUAUACGACUUUAAGUUAAAAACUACCAGCAAUGACGUUGAAUGGGUUUUAGGUGGUUGACAUGAAAUGUGGAAAUGCAUGUAAAAACACAUUUUUUUAGAGUUUGAGAAUGACUUUUUGGACUUAACAGCAGAACAUGACUGUUGAGCAGUUGAUUAUGCCAUGAAACAAUACAUUUGUUUCUCUUGCGCUACCCAUGUGUUCAUUUUGUUGCUUCGUUGAGACUGACGAGAACAAGGUUUUAUCAUAGAAAUUGUUAGGUUACUGACAUAUAGUUUUUUUUAUGUCAUGGUUCUUGUUGUAUUGUAUUGUAUGUAUGGACGUUUAAAUAGACGUGUAUAAAAUAAUAAAAAAGAUUUUAACCUUUGUGUCGAAA